AUGCAACAGUUACUCUCUGAACCGAUAACAACACAGACCACAAUGUUCAAGCUGGUGGUGUUGUCUUCCGUGCUCGCCCUAGUGGCUGCCAGCCCAAGUGGUCUUGCGCCAUGGGGUCUUGCGGGAUUAGGAUGGGGUGCUCCCUUGCUCGGUGCUCCGGUUGCUGCUCCUCUGGCAAUCGCGGCUCCAGCUCUUCGUCCGUACAACUACCGUGGUCCCCUGUCACUGGCACCUGGCCAGCCUGCUAGCAUCUUGGCUGCUGACGGCAGGCCCCUGGACACUCUAAGUGUGAACUUGGAUCGCGCUGCCCAUUUGACCGCGAGGGCUGUGGAUUCUGCCGGACUUCACAUCUUGAAGAAACGUUCCGCUCCCCUUCUGGCUGCGGCUCCCUUGGCAACCGCUUGGUCUCACUCUGCCCGCUUAAUAGUGCCAGCUCCUCUCGCAGCAGUCGGUUUACGAGCCCCCAUUGGUUUGGGUGCUUGGGGACACGGUGCACCCCUGGCUCACUGG